CAUGGAGAAAUCUUUACUGAUCACCAACCUGAAUCCAGAACAGUCCCCAUCUUUCCACGGACGGAAUGAGAGGCCUUCUGUAACCAGGCAUAACUGGCCAUCAUGGGCAAAUUGAUUAGGGUGCGCAGGCAGGGGAGGAGGUUACUCCGGCCAAAGCGGCGUCACUGGGGUCGCCUCCUCUUCCUACUGGGAAUGUUGAUUGUCGGGUCCACCUACCAGCGGCUGAGGAGCCCCUGGGGCCUCCCCUCACUGUGGGCGGUAGUCUCUUCCCACCACCCUGUAAAGCUAGCCAGCCGGGACCUCCCCAACAACAAGGUAAUGGGGGUUAGCAGCGACCCUCCGAGAGCCAUCUCUGCAAUGGAGGGUGGGACGCUGGCGCCCCAAGCCACAGCGAGCAGGGACGAAGCAACACCUGGCAUAACAAUGCAGAACGCCGCCAGGACACCCGGAAGAACAGCCGCCAUCCCCCCAACAGUACCCAGGAUUAGCUACAGCCCAGCAGCAGCCCCCACGCAAAGAGCGGAGGAACGCCCCACAACCACACCGCGGGGAGGACUGAAUCCCUCUACCCAGACUUCAAGCAGGCCAACGGUGGAGAAUCAUACCCCAGCAGCACCCAGGGGAGAAAUGGGCAGCUACCGCCCUACUCCUGCCGGGGCAAAGGCGACGAGGGGCACGCCAUCCCCGCUUGGUGGGACAGCAGGCAGUUAUGCCGCCUCCGCGCCCGUGACAGUGACAAGGAGCCGCGGGCUCACCCCUGGAACAACCGGGAGAGACAGUGUAAGUGUGGCAACCAUGCUGAAGACGAGCCCUUCCGGGAGGACUGCAGAGGAAACCACCCCGACGACUCUGCAGGGAAUAAUCGGUAGCAUCUCAGCUUCCCUGAUAAAUGACGUAGCAACAAACAUCUUGACUUCUCCCAGGAGUCUGGUGGAAAAGGAUAGCCUGACUACCCCCAGAAGAGUGGACAACAGCAGGUCAACCAACCCUGGGGGGCUGGUGGGAAAGAACGACCUGGCAGCUCCCGUGGGGACGGCCCUGUGGCACCCUGCAGCCAGCUCCGAGGGGCAAGUGACGAUAAGCACCAUGACAGGCAGUGGCCUGGCAGAAACUAAAGCCUCUGCUGCUGCCUGGAGUAUCGGGAAUCCCUCAUCCAGAACCAGUGUACCUACCACCGGAAUAUCCUCAGCGACCUUUUGGGGGCUGGCGAAGAAACCUUCCACAGCUCCCAGCACCUUAGCACCCCUCAGGGUCAGCACAAGUCCUAGCACCCAGGUCCAUCACCGUGUGGUUGUGGAGCCAGUCCCCUCUCCCACUGUCCCCUCCCCCAGCCUGACAACGGCCGUGACCCCAGAGACGCCCAGUCCCCAUCCCUCGGCGCUACUGCCUGGCCUGCCAGACCUUCACCCAAAGGCACAGUACCCCCCAGACCUGUUCAGCGUGGAGAAGCGGCAGCAGGGCUGGGUGGUCCUACACAUCUUUGGCAUGAUGUACGUGUUUGUGGCCUUGGCCAUUGUGUGUGACGAGUACUUUGUCCCAGCCCUGAGUGUCAUCACAGACAAGCUGCAGAUCUCCGAUGACGUGGCCGGUGCCACGUUCAUGGCUGCCGGAGGCUCUGCCCCUGAGCUCUUCACCUCCCUCAUUGGUGUCUUCAUCUCCCACAGUAACGUGGGCAUUGGUACCAUCGUGGGCUCUGCUGUGUUCAACAUCCUCUUUGUCAUCGGCACCUGUGCCCUCUUCUCCCGGGAGAUCCUCAACCUCACCUGGUGGCCCUUGUUCCGCGAUGUCUCCUUUUACAUUGUGGACCUGAUGAUGCUCAUCCUUUUCUUCGUGGACAGCCUUGUGGCCUGGUGGGAGAGCCUGAUGCUGCUCCUGGCCUAUGCCCUCUACGUGGUCACCAUGAAGCAGAACAAGCAGCUCGAGCUCUGGGUGAAGGAGCAACUCAGCAGGAGGCCAGCCACCAAGAUCAUGGCCCUCGGGAACCUCAGCAGGCCAGGCAACGGGGCCGUUGUGGUGGAUGAGCUGCAGGAAAACAAGAAGCUAAAGCUCCCGGCAGCGCUGACCCGAGGGAGCAGCUCCGCCUCUCUGUACAACAGCACCAUCCGCAGCACCAUCUACCAGCUCAUGUUGCACAGCCUGGACCUGCUGGGGGAAGCCCGGCCCUCCAAGGACAAGGAGGAGGAUGGCUUGGAUCAGGAGGCCAAAGCCAAGCCUCAGGCCACAGCAGAGGGCACACCAGAAGAGGAGGAGCCAGCCAAGCUUCCUGCGGUCACAGUCACACCAGCCCCUGCUCCAGCUGUCACGAGAGAUGAGGAGGAGGAUCCUGGCUGUCAGGAGGACGUGGCUGGAGCUGAGAGUGCAGGUGAGGUGAGAGGUGAAGAGGCGGACGCUUCUGGUGAAGGUGAGAACAGACAGCGAAGCGGAGGUGAGGCCCAGCUGGGAGGUGAAGGUGAAACUGGAGCAGGACAAGGAGAUGGUGCAGCGGAAGGUGGACGCCAAGCGAGAGAGGACGGGAAAGAGAAAGGUGAUGAAGGAGAAACCGAAGAGCAGGAAUUCAAUGCUGAAAGUGAUGAGGAGUGGACAGAUGGCGAACAGGGAGAUGAUGGAGGUGACAGUGAAGAUGAGGAGGACGAAGAGGAGGAGGAGGAGGAGGAGGAGGAGGAGGAGGAGGAGGAGGCGGCGGCGGCGGCAACCGAGGCGCCUCUGUCCCUGGCGUGGCCUGACACCAGGCAGAAGCAGGCCGUUUACCUCUUCCUCCUGCCCAUUGUGCUCCCGCUGUGGCUAACGGUACCCGACGUCCGGAGGCUGGAGUCUAGGAAGUUUUUUGCUAUCACCUUUUUGGGAUCCAUCAUGUGGAUAGCCAUGUUCUCAUACCUCAUGGUAUGGUGGGCUCACCAGGUCGGUGAAACAAUAGGCAUUUCUGAAGAGAUCAUGGGUUUGACAAUCCUAGCGGCAGGCACGUCAAUUCCUGACCUCAUCACCAGUGUGAUAGUUGCCCGGAAAGGCCUGGGAGACAUGGCUGUGUCAAGCUCUGUGGGCAGCAACAUAUUUGAUAUCACCGUGGGACUACCUGUCCCCUGGCUGCUUUUCUCUCUCAUCAAUGGAUUACAGCCAGUCCCCGUCAGUAGCAAUGGCUUGUUUUGUGCAAUUGUCUUGCUUUUUCUCAUGCUCCUGUUUGUGAUUUCUUCAAUUGCAUCCUGCAAAUGGAAAAUGAACAAGAUCCUUGGCUUCGCAAUGUUCCUCCUUUACUUUGUAUUCCUGAUAAUCAGUGUGAUGUUAGAAGGUCGAAUCAUAUCCUGUCCUGUAUCUGUCUGAGUCAGAGUCACUGUUACGCACAAUGGACGUGGGUCAGAAAACCAUGCCAAAAGCGAAUGUACUUCUUGUUACGUGAAUGAAUGAACAUGGUCCAGGGGAGUGAACUGGGUGGCCAACCGCCUUGAUGCGAAUGUUCUGGGACUGAAUGUUCUCCCUGGGAGCACCUGCAGCUCCCUGUGAAUGAAGAAUCUCACCUCUGGAGGGGUGGAGUUCCUACCCCUGACCAUGGAGGCCAGCAGCAGGAUCCCUGGAGUCAGAGGGUUUUCUAAAUGAGAGAUACUUGGGGGUAAGUGUUGGGACAAACAGGAGCAAUAAGACAAGCUCCCAUGCUCCCGGUUUCUUCAUCAUUCCUAAAGGGCUGCUGAUCCAAAAAAGACAGAUGUGGCCGAUCACUCCCCCUCCUGGCCUCUGUCCCAGGCACACACUGCAAUUUGCUGUCUACUCUUUUUCUGUUCAAAACAUGAGGUUCUAUCAGAUUUACAGUCAUUAUAGGUCCAGUUAUUGGUGAGUUUAAGAAGCUAAGGCAAUAGGGAAAAGAAGUAUAACAGGGAUCAAUUAUCAUUGCACAUCGUAGUCCAGUAAAAUGUGUACCAAUGAUACAUAGCUUAAAAGGACUACAUUAGCUCUUAUUAUUGCAUUUCUGAAAGGUGAAAUUAAAAUAAGUUGCCCAAGAUAUUAAAAUUUGUAAUUUGCUUUUGAAUUGGAAGGCAUGGAUGUUAGGGAAGGCAAACCACUCUAAGGGCUAACAAUAGUUCUAACAAGAUUUAAAAGUAUGUAUUUAUCAGAAAAUCCAAGUUAGGGUUGUCUCCAUUAAGUGGUCACCUUGAGGAAUUAGAUAUUCUAAUGAAGCUGCCCUGGCCCUGCCCCUCCAGCAUAUUCUCACUCAGCAGAGACAGCUGCUACUAGUGAGGGCGAGCGGAAGGAAGUUUUGAGUCUAAAGUCAGCAGGGCAAGUCUGGUUUAUAAAGUAAGAGAUCCAGUGGUGGAACGCUAUGUUUGCAUGUCAACUUAGAUUGGAUUAUAAAGCAAGCAGACUGAUUUUUUAAUGUGAUUUACAAGUGGAUCUUAAGGCAAUAACAAAGGAUAUUUUCCAAAAAUGCUUAAGACAGUUAUGACGUAUUGAAAAAAGAAUAUUAUGACUUCCAAGGUAGCUAGUGUAAAGGACACUUGUGUUUUUAAAGACUGUGUGGUUAUUGAAACAUUUUGUGUGGAAUUUGCAAUGCUGAUCUAUUAAAAUACCACUGCUUGCUGCUUUUACUAGCAUCAAGCUAAGGGACACAUGAAGUGAAACAGUUCUAUGUCCCUGGUUUCAGAGCAAAACAGCUCAAGUGACUGUGGAUUAUGAUGGUAAAUAUUGUUUUAAUUACAAACAUGAGAGAGGAUUGAUUCAUUGAAGACUAGAAGAUAGCAGGACAGAUGUGAUGUGAACAAAAAAAAAACCAUUCUGGUGUUGAAGGGCUAUGUUCAAAGUACUUCAGUCCAUAAUCCAUCUCCUGAGAUAGGCUUGCUAAUUAAUGGCCUCACUACCCCAGGAUUCUCAUUCUUGGAAAUGACUUUUAUUAAAUUUUAAUAAACUGGAGUCCCAGUGGUAUUUUACUUUACAAACAUGGAUGGGUUCCUCUGUAUCUUUUGGUUACUUGGUCAGCUCAAGAGAACCUGAUGAAGAAUAUGGAAUCAUGUUCAAAUUCCAUAUUCUUGUAUUAGUUUUCCUCAGUCAUGAGGCUGCUGUACCGCCUGGUCUCCAUAUGCCCAGGCCUAAGAAUAGGAGGAAAGAACAAUGCCCAGGAAGGAAGGGAAAUCCCAGUGCCCAAACUCUGAUUGCCAGCAUGUGUCUGCAGCCAAUCCUAGGGAGCCUUGGGGAUGUUGCCCAGGAUUCGAGGCUCUUCCCCAGAAUGACUGAGUGAGGACUGAUGGAUAAUGAAACAUUCUACAGUGCUAAAGCACUGGACAGCCAUUUCGUGAUUAAAAUCAACUCUAAGGAUCUAACAUGCCUUUCCCAAUCAGAAUUUCUGGCAUUUCUCUUUGCCUAGAAAGGAAGUUGUUAUCACUUCACACUGUGACAAAAAGGUUCAAGUACAUAAAAUGAAAGCUGGGUAUUGACGGGUGAGUAGGAAUUCACUGGUGGCAGGUGGGGGGAGAAGAGGAGAUUUCAGGGAGAUGGAAAGCUUAUGUAACUUCUAAAAGAUCAAUUUAUUAUGCCUGGAAAUUAAAAUUUUUUUGGUACACUUAUAAAUUUACAGUAAUUAAAAUUAUUUUGUUUUAGGAGGUAAAACAUCUUAAAAUGUCAAGAUAACGGUGAGAUGGCCCUCUCGUUUGAUAGGCAAAAUCAUCUGCACAGUUCCAUGGGACACAUUCUAGGUCAUUCAUUUAACCUGGAAAGUCUGAGCUGUCCCAGCUGAGUAUGUGAAUGGGAAGACUGGCUGCAUAGGUGACGUCUCCUUCAUCCCUCUUGAGGUUGCAUUUCCUUGAUGGCCUUGGUAUUAGGUUUAGGCCAAACACCUAAAGAUGUCAAACUGUUCGUAAUUCAAUGGGCUAAGAUUCUAUAUAAUACCAGAAAAAAAGGGUUCAUCCCAAAUUUUUGAGAAUUGUUAUGUUUUAAAUGGUUACUAUACAUUUUGAACACUAUACUGUACUCUCAUCAAAAGGUGUGAAAAUAUUUUUAUCCAAUUAUAGGCUUGGCCUAUUUUAUGACACUGUCUAUAUCAUAAUUAUCAUUUAUUUAAAAAUUGAGUGCCAAAGGAGACAGGAAUUGGAAUUUAAGACUUAGGGCACCCCUUGGCAGAUACAUCUGAAAAAACUGGUUGGUCUUAUGUGCCAAAGAAUACCCUUAUUUCUGACCCCGUUUGUAGGAGGGUCCACUUGUAGGUGCAGGUUGCAAUGUGUUUUGGGACUGGUCACUCUGAAAGGUACAACGAGAGGGCUCAUGGUAAGGACUUUCUAUUCCUGGGGAGUCACUAGCGCUGGUCAGGACACCCUGCCCCAGGUCUGCCUACACAACCACAGGCACACACCUGGUCUUCCGGCCCUUCACUCUGAUGAGAAGGCAAAACAUGGAGAAUUUCAUUUACAGAAAACCCCAUCAGUUGCUCCCGUAGUGUUAUCACAGUAUCAUGUCUGAAAAGAAAAUCUUGAAAUACAAAAGGAGGGAGUCAUCCAAAUGAACAGCAA